CGCGCGACAGCCUCACUUUGGAAGAUUUUUGAAUGAAGACCAAAAGACGCAUGCGCAAUUUUUUUUGGCUAGGCCAUUUCCCUUGAAUUGGUAGCAAGUUAGCGUCGUGUUUUCAAGGGAUAUUGUUUUCAAAAAGCAAGAAAUGAUGACACUCACAUCGGCAGCUGGUGUUAUUGCCCUACUUGAUGAUCAAGAAGUUGAUUUGAAGCAUUAUGCCUUGAAGAAACUGGAUACAAUAGUUGAUGAGUUCUGGGCCGAAAUUGCAGAGAUUGUCAAUAAAAUAGAAGAACUUUACGAAGAUGAACAGUUUAGGUAUCGCAAGCUUUGUGCUCUAGUUGCUUCUAAGGUUUAUUAUAAUCUCGGUGCUUUCGAAGAUUCCUUGAUGUACGCCCUUGGAGCUGGAGAGCUUUUUAACGUUAACAGCCAUUCACAAUAUGUGGAGACCAUCUUAGCGAAAUGUAUUGACCAUUAUGCGAGCUUGAGGGUUAAGAAAGUCGAAGGUUCAGACGAGACUCCGAUCGACCCCAGGCUAGAGGCCAUUGUCAACAAAAUGUUUCAGAGAUGCUUUGAUCAUGGCAAAUACAAACAGGCUGUUGGAAUUGCAUUGGAAACACGACGGCUGGAUAUUUUUGAACAAGCUAUCUUGCAAUCUGGCGACGUUGCAGAAAUGUUGUCUUACUGUCUGAAUAUUUGUAUGACACUGUUAGAUGGCAGGCAGUUUAGAAAUCUGAUUUUACGAGUUCUUGUAAAGUUAUACCUCAAUUUGUCAACACCUGAUUAUAUCAGUGUUUGUGAGUGUCUGGUUUUCUUGGAUGACCCCGAUUCGGUAGCUGAUAUUUUGGAAAAGUUAGUUAAAGAUAACGAGGUUCGAACCUUAACUGCAUAUCAAAUAGGGUUUGAUUUAUACGAAAAUGCGUCACAGCAGAUUCUCACGGCUAUUAUCAACUCACUGAAAGCCAUUUCGCCUGUUCCAAUUGGAGAACCAGAUGUUCAAAGUCAAGAAAAGAAACCCGAAGACACAAACCAAAGCACCAUGGAAGUUGACGAUGAUAACAAAUCGAAAGAUGAUCAGGAAAAGGCAUCAGAGAGCUCAGCUGAGAAAAAGCCAACGAAAAAGGAUUUAACAGAUGAUGAGAAAAUCCUUCAAGAAAGAAUCGAAAAGCUUAUAACAAUUCUAGGUGGAGAGUGCACAAUUCAGCUGCACCUUGAAUUCUUAAUCAGAAACAAUCACGCAGAUUUGCUUAUUCUGAAAAAUACAAAGGAUGCAAUAAGGAAUUCCGUAUGUCAUACAGCGACCGUGAUUGCCAACGCAUUUAUGCACAGUGGCACAACUAGUGAUGCAUUUCUCAGGAAUAAUCUUGAAUGGCUGUCAAGGGCUACGAACUGGGCAAAAUUUAGCGCCACUGCAAGUCUUGGUGUUAUACACAAGGGACACGAAAAGGAUUCUCUCAAAUUAAUGGCAUCCUAUUUACCUAAAGAUGGUGGAUCAAGUAGUGCCUACCAAGAUGGUGGUGGAUUAUAUGCAUUAGGUUUAAUACACGCGAAUCAUGGUCACACUAUUGUUGAGUACCUCCUUCAGCAGUUAAAAGGAGCAACCUCUGACAUGGUCAGGCAUGGUGGUUGCCUUGGUUUGGGUCUUGCUGCCAUGGGAACACAGAGACAAGAUGUUUACGAGCAGCUGAAAUUCAACUUAUAUCAAGAUGAUGCCGUAACAGGAGAGGGUGCUGGUAUUGCCAUGGGGCUUGUUAUGUUAGGAUCGAAAAAUGCUCAAGCUAUAGAAGAAAUGGUUUUGUAUUCAAAAGAAACACAACACGAAAAAAUAUUGCGAGGUCUCUCCGUUGGAAUUGCACUGACCAUGUACGGGAGAAUGGAAGAAGCAGACGCCCUGAUCGAGAGCCUGACAGCUGACAAAGAUCCAAUUUUAAGGCGAAGCGGAAUGUACACAACAGCCUUAGCGUACGCUGGAACUGGGAACAACAGAGCAAUUAGGCAGCUACUUCAUGUUGCGGUCAGUGAUGUUGAUGAUGACGUCAGACGUGCCGCUGUUACGUCGAUAGGAUUCAUUCUAUUCAGGACUCCUGAGCAAUGUCCAAGUGUUGUAUCGCUGCUAUCACAAAGUUAUAACCCAAACGUCCGAUACGGUGCCGCACUGGCUCUUGGGAUAGCUUGUGCUGGAACAGGACAUAAAGAAGCAAUAGCAUUGGUCGAGCCGAUGAUAAAUGACCCUGUUAAUUACGUCCGACAAGGAGCGCUGAUUGCUUCAGCUUUAAUCGCCAUACAACAGACGGAAGCCACCUGCCACAAGAUUAAAUCACUUAGGGAAACAUACGCUAAAUGUAUAAGCGAUAAACAUGAAGACGGAAUUUCGAAAUUUGGCGCAAUUUUAGCCCAAGGAAUUAUCGAUGCAGGCGGUCGCAAUGUAACAAUUUCCCUACAAUCAAGAUCUGGCCAGAACCACAUGCCUUCAAUAGUUGGUAUUUUCAUCUUCACCCAAUUCUGGUACUGGUUCCCUCUUUCUCAUUUCUUGUCACUUGCCUUCACACCGACAGCAGUUAUUGGUUUAAAUGCUGAUCUAAAGAUGCCGAAGAUACAAUUUCGUUCAAAUGCAAAGCCAUCUCUGUAUGCAUACCCCGAGCCUUUGCAGCCUCCAAAGAAAGAGGAGAAGGAAAAGGUUUCAACUGCCAUUCUCUCGAUAACAGCUAAAGCAAAAGCAAGAGCUAAGAAAUCCAAAGAUGACGAAGCAAUGGAUGUUGACGAGAAAGAUAAGGGAACAGAAAAAGGUAAAAAGGAAUCUUCUGAAGACAGUAAUCAGGAAUCAAAGGAGAAGAUUUCGGCUGAGAAGACAGAAGAGAAAGCCGAGAAAGAUAAAAGUGAAACAGAUAACGAGGGGAAAGGGAAAACAUCAGAGCCCGAUUUUCAGAUGCUUGAAAACCCAGCCAGAGUUAUGACUGCCCAAAGGAAAGUUGUAACCUUACCAACAGAUUGCAGAUAUUCUCCUAUAAAGCCGGUCAGUGUUGGUGGAAUCGUAUUGCUGAAAGAUUCAAAGUCAGAGGAGCCAGAAAAUCUUAUAGAGCCGUUACCAGCAUCCAUGACGACCGAUUCAGAGGACGAGAAGGAGCCCGAUCCACCAGAGCCUUUCACCUACACAGAGGACUAGGAAGAUUGACAUGUUUGUUUAACUUUCAUUUGAUAACUUACAUAGUUUGGUCAAUUUUCCAAAUUAUCAUCUUUAUAUCUGUUAGACAUGAUCAUCGUUAUUAUGGGAUGUUGUAGAAAGAUACUUCGCUAUUCAAUGUUUA